AUGAGUUGCCUAAUACUUGUGGUGGAUUGUAACUCCAACAGUUGGGGACAUCUGGUCGAGAAAUGGCAUAGUGAUUUGUUGUUGAAGAAUGUGAUUGGAUCUAUUAUCAUCCUGGCCAACUCCCAUUUGCCUUUGUCGGCUGGUAACAGAUUGUUGUUGGUGUCAACUGGCUCUCCCAUCCAGAACAAGGUCUUGUUUUCAUCUGAAUUCGCUUCUAAAUCUGUUUCCGUGGCUUCUGAAAUAGAUUCAAAUCUGAGGAGAGCAAUUGAAGCUUCAGCGAGAAGUCCGGAUGCCUAUACACACACUAAUUACUCUUCAUCGUUUGCCUUGGCAGUUUGUCGUAAGUGUUUUGUUUGUCAAUUUGAUAGUUUUAGACUUCAACCGCUUCAAAAGAGAGAAUUCUAAAGCAGCUGGAAGAAUCGUUGUCCUCAACUUGUCUCCUGAAUCUCAUGCUGAACAGAGCAAGCUCAUGAACUUGUUCUUGGGAGCUCAGCAGCAGAACUUGAGGAUUUACGUUGCUUCAUUGUCCCUUACGAAUCCCAUGUUAAGGCAAGCAAGUGAUGUGUCUGGAGGUAUACAUCGAGAAGUGAAGUCUGUUGAAGAUCUGCCAGAUUUUUUCACUGUAAGUGAUUGUUUUAUUUUUGUCUGUAGCGUUUUUGAUCAUGUUUUUCCUUAAGUUUUUAUCUAUAUAUCUUGCUAAAUUAACGUUAAUUUUUUAUCUUUUGGUUUUUUUUCAAUCUUCAAUCUCGCAAAGCUUAAUUAUAUUAAAAUGUAAUGUUUAGUACUGUGUAAUCUAUGCCACAUAAAACUUUAUUUUUAGCGAUAUUGUCUUGGAAAUUCUAAAGAAGCUCAAGAUGCAUUUGCCUUGAGGAACUUUGAGAAGAUCGACUACCAGGCUUCCUGCUUCUGCCACAAUCAACCAGUUUCCUUGGGCUUCGUAUGUUCUGUUUGUCUAGCAGUUCAUUGCCAAUACAUUCCGAUUUGUGUAGCAUGUGGAACGGCAUUUAAAGUUACAAGAAAACGGUGA